AUGAUCGACCAAGCUGAGAAAAUGAAUGUCAAAGUGGGCAUCUACGCAGCCCAUUAUGAUUACCCGGAGAUCACGGGAAAUUGGAAUGGAGCAUCGAAAUAUCCACUUUGGUGGGCAAAUUAUAAUGGAGAAGCGAAUCUUGAUCAUUUCGUGGCUUUUGGUGGUUGGACAAAGCCGACAAUUCAUCAAUACAAAGGAACAACAUCGGGACCUUGUGGAGUUUCGAUGGAUCUCAGUUAUAAACCA